AUGGGACGAGCGCCGUUUCCUGAUGUGACGGGCCUGCGCCUACGGGCGCGCUCGCGUGACGCGUUCGCGCGCAGCGGCGCCCUGGGCCGUGCGUCCAUCGAGACCACUCUCUCCUUAGAGGCCCUCCAUGCACAUGCUGAGGCCGCCCACGUAGCGGUGCGCAGCGUGCUGGCGGCCGCCUGGGUCACUGUCGCGUACAUGUACAUGGCACACGAGCUGGACGUGCUUGAGAUGGAUGCGAUCGAUGCUGCGCAGCAGGCCGCCGCGCUGCGACUCGGGCCGGCCGUGUGCGACAUGCGCGACGCGCAUGCGGUCCUCGGGGCGGUCGAGUCGGCGUGGCAGGGCGCACCGACCUCAUGCGUCCAGGGCCCGAUGGUCUUUGUCGAUGCGCUCCAGGACGAUGCAUCGGCCGCCUGUGCACUUGCCACGCGUGUGCUCGGGCCAGAUGUCGCGGUCGCCCUCGUGGCACACCGCGGGCGCGGCGCGCAUGUCGGCCUCUCGCUCCUUGCGAUACCGAGCGUGCACGUCGCUGGCUCAGCAGUGAUGCAGCUGCGCCAGGUGGACGCGGCGCUCACAGCGCUCGCACACGGCACGGAUCCAACGGCGCUGCCCGUGGCGCUGCAGGCUCUCAGCACGCCCCCGCCCCAGUACAUCGACACGGACCAGCCUCACGGAGUGGCACAUGAGCGCCUCGAAGAUCAGUUCCGUCGACGCGCGCGCGCCAUCCCGAGCGUGCCGGCCCUGGUAUGCUGCAAGUCGGUCGCUCCACUCCACUUGGACACUUGGACGUAUGCGGAUCUCGACGCGCGGUCCGACGCCAUUGCACGCCUCGUGUGGUCGCACGGCGUCGGCUAUGCAGCGCCUGGCAACGACGACCAGAUCGUGUCGCUGUGCCUCCCAAAAUGCUUCGAUAUGUACGCGAGUAUCCUGGGCAUCCUCAAGGCGGGUGCCGCGUGGUGCCCGAUCGAUCCCAGCUGGCCCGCCGCGCGGCAGGCGGCCCUCCUCGACAAAUCACGCGCGCGCCUCGUGCUGACGACGCAGGCGACCGCGGCGCAUGUACGGGACGUGUGCCCGCCCACGAUCCGCAUGGCCUCGCUGGACGAUCCCAUCCCUGCAGCACCGACGCCGGUGCGCACGGCUGCGCGUGCGUCGCCCAAGCAGCUUGCCUACCAAAUCUGGACGAGUGGGACCACCGGCCUGCCCAAGGCUGUCGGGAUUGAGCACGAAGCCGCUGUCCAAGCGAUGCGCGCGCUGCAGGCGGCCGUGCCGACGGACCUGCCUGACACGCCGGGCGAGCUGCGGUACCUGCAGUUUGCCGCGUACGUGUUCGACCUGUCCAUCUUUGACAUCUUCUAUGCGUGGGGCCAUGGCGGCACCGUGUGCUUUGCCCCCCUCGAGCUUCUUCUCACGCGCCUUGUCGAUGUGGCGCAGGCCAUGGCCGUCACACACACUCUCUUUACGCCCGCCGUCUCGGCGAUGGUGCCGCGCCGCGCCGUGCCGACGAUGCGCGUCAUGGUCAAUGGCGGUGAGAAACUAUCCCAGGUCGUGGCGGACGAGUGGUCCCAGGGGUGCCGCGUCGUGAACAUAUACGGGCCGGCUGAAGCGACGCUGUCGCUGACGGCGCGCGAGAUUCCCCCGGACGACGAGGUCAAGGCGCACAAUAUCGGCGUACCGUUUUCGGAUGCGCUGUGCGUGCUCAUGGACGAACAUGGGCGGAUCGUGCCCCGCGGCGCCAUUGGCGAGCUCCUCCUGGGUGGCCCGCAGCUCGCGCGCGGCUACAUGGGCGAGCCCGACAAGACCGCGGCCAAGUUCGUCGAGCACCCCACACUCGGGCGCCUGUACCACACGGGCGACCUCGCGCGGUACUUGUGGGACGGCCAGCUCGAGUACCUCGGGCGCAAUGACGAUCAAGUCAAGAUUAACGGCGUGCGUAUCGAGCUGCUGGAGAUCAAUGCCGCGGUCAAGUCGGCGUCCGAGCUCGUGCGUGAUGCCGACACUGUCGCUAUGCCGGCGCUUGAUCCGUCGGAGCCGCCGAGGAUCGUGGCCUUUGCCGUGGCGCCCACGAGCGACGCGCAGGACGCGCCGCUCAUUCGCACUGAUGCCGAGGCCGCGAGCCUGGCGCGCAAGCUGCGGAGCACUGUGUCGGACCUGCUUCCUGCGUACAUGGUGCCUCUGCACUUUGUCGUUGUGCACGCGUUCCCCCGCACCUCGAGUGCGAAAAUUGACCGCCGCACCGUGCAAGCCGCGUACGACGCGCUCGACGUGGCCGCCUGGGAAGCACAGGUUGCGGGGCCCACGGAUGAUUCGACGGACAUCCUCUCGCACCCACUCGCCGUGGCCCUAUGUGAGCGGCUGCCUGAGCUGCGCGCGCCGGGCGCGGCGCACCUCUCGUUCCCCCUCUUGGGCCUCAACUCGGUUCGGGCCAUGGCGCUCUCUGCCCACCUCGUCAGCGACGGCUGGCCUGUGAGUGCUGCGGACUUUGCCAAGCACGAUACGCUCGCCAAGCUCGUCAGCGCGCUGGAUGCCGCGGAGCCAGCCGAUGACCGCACCGCUGCGGCACAGGCCGUCGCGGAGGCGUGGAUGUCGCUGUGCCGCACCGAGAUCCCUGCACGCUUGGGUGCGCAAAUACUCCCUGUGACGCCGACGCAGCAGGGCAUGCUGCUGGAGACGUGUCUCGACCCUGCGCGCUACUGGCUGUACCGCUCGUGGCCCACACAUGCACCAGUAGCGCCCGCCCAGCUGCAAGACGCGCUUCGCCGCCUCGCCACCGAGAUGGACUGCUUGCGCAUGGGCUUUGUGCCAGCCACGUCCGACUCGACAUCGCCGUACGCGCCCGUGUACGCCGCGGUCGUGUACGAGUCUGUCACGCCCGUGGUGCAUGUGUACACGGGUGAUGCCUUUGCAGCGCUCGAGCCGCAUCGCCCUGCGUGCACGUCGGGCGAGCCGUUCGUAACACUCGUGCUGCAUCAUGCCCUGUACGACGAGCCGACGCUAGAGCUGCUCGCAGAGCGCCUCGAUGCACUGCUGCAGCGCUCGGACGCUCCUUGGCCUGCCGAGCCGUGGGCCCUGGCGCUGCCCGACAUGCUGCCGCUCCCUGGCUCGGAGACCGAGUCCUCGGUCCUUGCGGCCUGGGCCGACGCCCUGCGCGGCCCAUGGGACCACACGCCAUGGCCGGCCCUGCGGGAGACGCGCGCGGCGCCGACCCACACGCUCCAGCGGUACGUGCGCCACGCCCGCACACCAUGGACGGCCUUGGAGCGGGCGGCCGCGCAGCUCGGCGCUUCCGUCCGGCCGAUGGCGCAUGCCGCGUGGGCGCGCGUGCUGUGUGCGUAUUUGGGCACGAGCGCCGUCUUGCUGGGCGACGUUGUGUCGCUGCGCAGCCGGCAUGCCUCGAAUGCACGCAUCGGCGGCCCUCUGUUGUCAACGCUGCCCGCGGCGUAUUCGAUGGAGCAUGGCGAUACUGUGGCUGCGUACGUCGCGCACUGGCUCCACACGUACGCGCCGCUCCUCGACCGGCCGCCUGUCCCGCUCGCGCAUGUCCGCACCCUCGUUGCGUGCCCGGCAGAGCAGCCCCUGUUCCACAGCUUGUUCGUGCUGGAGGCGCCGGACGCUGCCGCUGACGGCGCCGUGCUGGACCUACCGCGCGCGCACGACCAGGGCGUGCAUGUUGAGCACGGCCUAGCGCUCGAGAUGCGCGUGGACGGCGAGCAGCUUGUCCUUGCCCUCAACGCCCUCGACUCGCACGUGUCGCCGGCGUAUGCGGACCAGCUGCUCGCGCAGCUGGACGCGCUCCUCGACGCCUACACGAGCGAGGUGCACAUGCCGCUCGCUGCUCUGCCCAUGCCGCAGACGCUCCUUGCAGUCGGCUCGUGUGUGCCGCCGGGCACGCCGCGCUACACCAACGUCGCGGCGUGGGCUGCACACCAUGCCGCAAGGACGCCGCGCGCCGUGGCCGUCGAGAUGCGCGAUGCUGUGCCCGCCCGCCAGGUGGCUACGCUCACGUACGCGUCGCUGCAGGCACAGAGUGCCGCGACGGCAGGUGCCCUCGUUGCGUAUGCGCCGCAGAGCGUCGCCGCCGUGGCACUGCGUCGCAGUCUCGACACGUACGUGGUGCUGCUCGGUCUCUUGCAGGCGGGCCUCGUGUACCUGCCGCUCGACGAGUCGCUGCCCAGCGCACGCAAGGCGCAGCUCCUGCACGACAGUGGGGCGGCGUGUGUCAUCACCGACGAUGCCGAUCCCACCUGGGCCGGGCGCGUGGCCGUGCACCGCCCUGCGGAGCUUGCGCGCCAUGCCCCGGCGCACCGCGAUGUGGCGCCUGGCGACGCGGCGUACGUGCUGUAUACGUCGGGGUCGACGGGCCAGCCCAAGGGAUGCAUCCUCUCGCACGCGAACCUGGCGCAUGCCGUGGACAACUUCCGCUGCGCCUUGGAGGACGCCCAGCCUCGCAGCCUGUGCGAUGCGCGGUUCCUCGCGCGCUCCGCUGAGGCCUUUGACGUGCACCUGCUCGAGUGCUUCCUGGCGCUGCAGAGCGGCAGUACGAUUGUGACGAUGCCGCGCCAUGCGCUGCUGGCGGACCUCGGCGCUGCGAUGGCCGAUGCGCAAGUGACGCAUGCGUGCGUGGUGCCCUCGCUCUUUUACACGCGCGGCCGGCGUGUGAGGCCCAGCGACGUGCCGCACCUGCGCGUGCUCGUCGUCGGUGGCGAGCGACUCGCCGACGACAUCGUGGACAUGUGGGGCGCGUCGGACGUGCCGGUGCUCAACGCGUACGGGCCGACGGAGGCGACGAUCGGCAUCUCGUGCACGCGCGUGCACGCCGACACGCGCGCCUCCAACAUUGGGCGCGCGUUCCCCGGCAACCAGUUUGUCGUGCUGCGCACACGCGACUCGGCGGCGCUGCGUGGCGAGCCGGGCGAGCUGGCGAUCGUCGGCACGCACGUCGGCCUCGGCUACGUGCACGCGAGCGAGGCGCCCUUCUUUACGUGGGACUCACAGCGUGCGUACGCGACCGGUGAUCGCGCGCGCAUGACACCGAGGGGCGACAUUGAGUAUCUCGGGCGCGUGGGCCACGACCAGGUCAAGGUGCGCGGCGCGCGCGUGGAGCUGGGCGAGAUUGCGUCUGUGCUUCAGGCAGGCGGCGCAGCGCAGGUCGCCGUGCGCCUGCUCACCCACCCGCAGUGGCCUGAGCCGCACGUGGUGGCGUUCGUCGCGCCGACCGCGCGCGUCGGCCCUGCCGAGUGGCAGCCCGACGAGGAUGUGACACCGAUCCGUGCUUAUGCACGUGCGCACAUGCCCUCGUACAUGGUGCCGAGCGUCGUGCUGCCCCUGCGCGCCUUGCCGCUCGCGCGCGUGAGCGGCAAGCUGGACCACGGCGCGCUCGUGGAUGCGUACGCGCGCUUCGCCCCGGACGCCGCGGCGCAGGCGGAUGCACCACCCGAGACGCCCGAGGCGCGCACGGCCGCGCGCGUAGUCCAGCGCGUGCUCGGCGUCGCGCACGUCGGGCUCCACACGGAUCUCUUUGGGCUCGGCCUCGACAGUGUGCGGGCCGUGCGUCUCGCACAGGCGCUCGGCGAGGCGGGCGUGCCUGCGAGCCUGCCCACGAUUCUGACGCAGCCGACGCUCGCGGGCCUGCUCGCUGCGUCGCCGUGCGACGCGCCGCCCGAGGCCGCGGCUGACGGCGCCCUGCCGUGCCUUCCGCUGCAGUGGGCCACGCUCGCCCACUCGCUCGCUGAUCCCGGCCGGCGCCUGUACAUCAACCAUGUGCGUCUCACGCUGGAUGUCGCCGAUGACAGCGCGCGCUGGGCGUAUGUGCAGCACUGGCGCGAUACGCUCGCGCGCUUUGGCAUCUACCGCAGCGUGUUUGAGCUGGGCGAGACGGCAACGCAGCGCGUGCUCCCGGCGCUGCCCAGCAUCGAGGCCCGUGUGCGUGCGCCCUGCUCGCAGGCCGCGCUGGAUGGCAUCGCAGACGACAUGCUGCAACGCGUCGCGUCGCGCCCGCUCGUGCGCCUCACUCUGUUCGACGACGUGCUCUGUCUAAGUGUGCAUCACGCCGUGUACGACGCAGCGUCGCUCUCUCUGCUUAUGGCCGCGGUCGACGGCCGCGCGGCGCCCGACACCUUUGCGGAUGUGGCGCGCCUCGCGGCGCGCACGAGCGCCGCGAGCGCCGCACACUACACGCGCGUGCUCGAUGGCAUGGUGCGCACGCCCGUCCCCACGGUGACCGGGCGCUACAGCGCGCGUGGGCCGAGCGUGUCGCUGACGUACCGCGCGCGCGUCUCGGCGGCGCGCCUCGCGGCCCAUGCGCAGGCACACAAGGUCACGCUGCCGGCCCUGCUGCUCCACGAGUAUGCCGCGCUCUUCGCGCAGUAUGUGGGCGAGGCGGAGGCCACGCUCGGCGUCGUGCUUAGCGGGCGCCUCGCGCAUGUCGCGCAUGCGGAUGCGCAUGGCCCAUGUAUCUCUACGGUGCCCUUCCGCUGGACGGGCCGCGAUCUCCAUGCUGCGCACGAGCAGCUUGCCGCCGCGGUGGCGCACCCGUUCGUGCACCUAACGGACGUGGCGCACGCCCUGCACAUGGACACGACGCUCUUUGAGGCGCUCUUCUCGUUCCUGCCGGCGACGCCGUCCGUGUGCCCAUGCGGCGUGCGCGCCGUGCACGACGCGAUGGCCUCGGACUUUCCGCUCGCGCUGCAGGUGUCCGUCGACGCUGACAACACGCUGAUGUUCGACGUGACGUAUGCGCCUGACCGCCUCGUGCCAGCGCAGGUCCAGCUCCUGGUCGAGCAACUGGAGGACGCGCUGCGCGCGUGCCUGGGCGAGGCACGCACGGACCUCGCACUCCGCUCGGUCGUGCAUGAGACGCCUGUGCAGCCCACGCCGGCGGACGCCUUCCUCGCGCGCUUCGCGAUGCAUGCGCGUACGCGGCCGGACGCCGAGGCCAUUACGUUCGCCACGUCGAUGGAGCCGUUCGUCGCGCAGACGCUGUCGUACGCCGAGCUGGACCGCCGCUCGAGCGUGUAUGCCGGCCACCUAGCGGCGUGCGAGGGCGGCGCCGUGUAUGUGCACCUGCCACGCACGCUGGACCUGUACGUGGUGCUCCUCGCGACGUGGAAGGCGCGCAAGACGUACGUGCCGCUGGACCCGACGCUGCCCACGGAGCGACUCGCGUACAUGAUCGAGACGGUGGGCCCCGGCACGCUCGUGAGCGCGGCGCCGUGGCGCGACGUGCGCUUGCCGCUGCGCACGCUCGCGGACCUGCAGCGGCCGUGCGCGCCGCGCACGCCGGUGCCGUCGCUGGACGGGCCCGCGUACAUUCUCUUUACGUCGGGGUCGACAGGCAAGCCCAAGGGCGUGCAAGUGUCGCACCGCGCGCUCGCAGCCGCGAUCGUCUCGUGGGAGGCCAUGCUGCCGCAUACGCGCGCGUCGCGCAUGCUCCAGCUGGCGUCGCCGGGCUUUGACGUGUCGCUGUUCGAGGUGUGCCUGCCGCUGGCGCUCGGCUUUGCGAUGGCCAGCGCGCCGAAAGAGGUGCUGCUGACCGACCUGGAGCUCGCGUUCCGGUGCCUGCGCAUCACGAUGGCCGACCUGCCCGCGGCACUCGCGGCGCUGGUGCGCCCCGAGCGCGUGCCGCGCCUGGAGUGGCUCAUGAGCGGCGGCGACGUCAUUGACGAGCGCGUCGUGCGCGCAUGGGGCACGCCGCCGCAGCGGCUCGUCAAUGCGUACGGCCCCACGGAAGGCACGAUCGGCAACACGCUCGGCUUCGUCGACGCGCACACACGCCGCUCGGUCGUGGGCGACGCGUACCCGACGUCCGCGGUGUGGAUCGUGCGAGACGGCGACGUGGCCUACCGCGGCACGGUCGGCGAGAUUGUCGUCGGCGGGCCGCAGGUGGCCGACGGCUACGUGGGCGCGCCCGAGCUGACCGCGGCGCAGUUCCCGACGCUGCGCGGCGCGCGCGUGUACCGCACCGGCGACCGCGGGCGCAUGCUGUGGGACGGGCGCAUCGAGUGCCUGGGCCGCCUCGCGCGCGGCCAGGUCAAGGUCAACGGCCAGCGCGUGGAGCUCGACGAGAUCGCGCACGAGCUCGCCGUCGAGGAGGGGAUCGCCGAUGCGUGUGUGCAGUACCUGCAGCAUCCGUCGCACGCGUCGCGCCAGCUCGUCGCGUUCGUCGCGCUGCGUGCGGCGCCGCUGGAAGGCUCGUCGCUCGCUAUGCGCACGGACGACGAGGCGCGGCAGCGCGCCGCCGCCUGCGUGGACAGCGCGCGCCGCCGCCUCGCCCCGUACAUGGUGCCUGCGCACACGAUCGUGCUCGCGGGCCCGCUGCCGCUCACGCCGAACAACAAGGUCGAUACGAAGCGCCUCGCUGCGUGGUACAUGACGCUCGAGCCGACGGGGCUGCGCGCGCCGCGCGCGGCGGCACCGCUCACAGAGCGCGAGCGCACCGUGCUGCGUGCCAUCGCGCAGGUCGGCGGUGUGUCCGUCGACGACGUGGACCGCCAUGCCUCGUUCUACGCGCUGGGCUUCGACUCGCUCUCGGCCAUCCGGCUUGUCACGGCGCUGCGCGACGCCGGCGUGCGCCUCACGGUGCGCGAGCUCUUGCAGCACGCGACACCGGCGCGCCUCGCGCGCGCCCUCGACGAGGCGCCGGCGCGCACGGACGACGAUGCGCAGGCGUACGCGGCGCUGUGCGCGGCGGGCGCCGACCUGCUUCGCGCGCCUGGCGCUCUGCCGUGCACGCCGCUGCAGGCCGGCAUGCUCGCCGAGUGGGCCGCGAGCGAUGGCGCGCUGUAUGUGCACACGCACGUGUGGGACGUGGAUCGCGCGCCGCCGGCCGUGGAGGCGGCCUGGCGCGCGCUGGUCGCGCGCCAUGAUCUCCUCCGCACGCGCUUUGUCGCGCACGAGCACAAGAUCGUGCCGUGGGUGCAAGUGACGAGCGCUACGCACGCCCCUGUGGUGCGCACGCAUGCCGCCGAGGACGCCUGGGCGUCGGUGGGCGCCGCGGCGCGUGCCCUGUGUGGCGCAGCGCAGCCGCACGCCCUGGACCUGCUGCCGACGGCGCACGGCACGCGCAUGAUCCUCACGCUGCAUCACGCGCUGUACGACGCACACACGCUCGGCCAGGUGCUCGAGGACAUGGACGCCGCGCUGGAGGGCCACGCGCUGCGGGCGCGCCCGCCGUUCGCCGCGGUCGUGCCGCACCUCGCGAGUGGCGAGCCACACGUGCCGUACUGGCUCGACACGCUGGCCGGGCAUGUGCCGGCGUGGCUCGGGCCGCCCGGGGGCGCGCGCGCCUCGUGCACGGUCGAGCGCGCUACGGUGCUGACGAGCGCGGCCGUGGAGCGCGUCUGUCAGUCGCUCGGCGUCUCCGUCCACGCGUUUGCGACGCUCGCCUUUGCGCAUGUGCUCGCCGAGUGCACGGGGUCCUCGGACGUGUGCUUCGGCCAAGUGCUGAGCCUGCGCACCGACGUCGACGGCGGCCUCGAUGUGCUGGGCCCCGUGCUGAACACGGUGCCGACGCGCGUGGCGCUGCGCGAGGCGAGCGUGAGGGCGCAGCUCCAGGCGCUGCAAGCCCAGAUCGAUGCGUCGCGUCCGCACCGGCACGCGCCGCUACGGAGCAUUGCGCGGGCGCACCAGCGCACACACACGUCGCCGGCGCCGCUCAUCGAUGCGCUCCUGGACGUGCAGCGCCACGAAGAGGGCGCGGCGUGGGCGCAUCUGGCGCCCGUGCCGCUGCCCCGCGACGACGAGGCGCAGUACGCGCUGAAUGUGGAGGUGGUACAGACGUCGCGCGUGGCGCUCGUGGCGCGGAGCCGCGUGUCGUUCCGCGAUGCCGCGGGGCUGGCGCAGCUGCUAGCGCGCAUGGAGGCGCUCAUGCAGGGCAUGCUGUCGCCGUCCGAUACGCUCGAGCUGGACCUGGCCCCUGGGCGUCCCGCGGCGCCGCGCGCGACGGCGCCGGCGCCGGCGGCGCUUGUCGACCGACUGCGGGCGCUGCUCGCGGACCUCGCGCGUGUGCCUGUGGAGGAGGUGGACGCGACGACGCCGCUGCUCGCGCUGGGCCUCGACUCGAUCGCGGCGAUCCAGGUCGUGGCGCGCGCGCGUGCGCAGGACUGGGACCUGCAGGUGAGUGACCUGGCCGCCGGCACGCCCGAGGGUGUGGCGGCGGCGUGGCUGGAGCGGCAUCGCUCGGCGCCCGCGCCCGCGCCCGCGCACGACUGGCGUCGCGGCGCCGAGGCCGUGUGCGCGGCCGUGCGGCGCCCCCUCGACGCGGUGCUCCCAGUGUCGGCGGGGCAGGCCAUGCACCUGCGGCAGUGGGUCCAGACUGGCUACCGGCUUGGAUGGUUCGCGUUCGUGUACGAGACCCGUCUCGGCGACGUGGAGCGGUGGCGCGCCGCGUGGGAGCAGCUGCAGCAACGGCACCCGAUCCUGCGCACCAUGUUUGUGUGUGUCGAGGGCCGCGCAUGGCAAGCGGUUGUGCCAACGACGCAGCCGCUUCAGGCGCAUCCGCGCGCGGCUGCGCCGCACGAUGCCGUGCAGGCGGUCCUGGACCAGCGCGCGCAGCUGCCCGCGGACACACAGCCCUGGGCCGCCGCGGACGUGGUGCCGGCGGCCGACAGUGUGUACUUGGUGCUGCACCUGUUCCACCCCAUGUACGAUGCAUGGUCGCUGCCGCUGCUCCUGGACGACCUCGUCGCGCUGUACGAGGGCCGGGCGCCCUCCGCGCACGCCGACAUGGCGGACCUCGUUGCGCUCGCGCCGGAUGCGUCGGCCGUGGCGCACCACUGGGCGCCGCUGCGCACGGUCGCGCCGUGCAUGCUGGGCGCGACGGACGUCGCCAUCGGCGAUGCAUGCACGUUUGUGCAUCGAAUGCGUGCCGUGCACGGCGUAGAGCGCCUGCGCGUGGCGCUCGCCGAGCAGCAGGCGAGUCUCCCCGCGCUCGUCGCCGCGGCGUGGGCGCAUGUCCUGCACCAGUGGACGGGCGCGGCUGCGCCGGUCUUUCUGCUGCACCACGCGGCGCGCUCGGUGCCGAUCGAGCACGCGGCGGACCGGGCGAUUCCCUGCCUCAACCUGCUGCCUACGGUGGUGCCGCUGGCGUCCUCGCUCACAGCUACGGCGCAGCACAUGACCGCCGUGAUCGCGGCGCGUGUGCCGCUGGAGCAGGCAUCGCUCGAGCAGAUCUUCGACGCGAUUGGGCGGCCGGCUGCGCCGCUGUGCAACACGGCGCUGAACGUCCUGCGGGGCGCGCACGCCGGCCGCGCGCCGAGCGCGCUGCAGCCGCGCCAGGCCCUCACGCAGCCGCGCCUCGCGCGCGCGCAGCGCAUGGUGCCGUCGUCGUCGUUCGAUGCGUGGCCCGGCGCCCAGUUCGUGGCGCCGUCGUUGGUCCAUGUGGAUGUGUGCGUGGAGGCGGACGACACACUCUCGCUGGCGCUGCGGUGUCCCGCCGCGGUGCUCGGUGGGGACGAGGCGAAGGCGGUUCUGGCGGCGCUGGCCGAUGUGCUGCGUAUACCAUAG